AUGGAGUCUCAGUUCCACGCUUUCUACCAAGUCUCUGCACAGAGCAUUGUCGACAAGGCUGCCUCGAAGAAGGGCCAGACCGGCUCGAGCAGCAGCUCCGGCUCUGGUUCCGGCUCCGGCACCAGCAGCACUGACACGUCCCACACGUUCUCGGAGAAGUCCUCUGCGUACACGACGUCGUCGGGCCAGACUGGAAAAAAGUAG